AUGGUAUCGUCGUGCAAUUUUUGGAAAGCUUUGGUAGCUUUUACUAUUUUGUUCGUUUGCCAAAGUGUAUUUAUUGCUAAUUUCUGGUCUAAUCAGUGGUUUGUUGCUGAUAAUGUUGUAGGAAGAGGAUCAAUGACAUACACUUUAUUAAUUGGUUUUAAUAGUAAUUGUAUAAAAAGUAAUAACAAUGUCAAACCACACUGUACUUCAUUGUCAGAUAGCGGGGAUUUUUUUAAAAACUAUGGCAUUGAGUUUCCAAUUAAUACGAGAUUAUUAACUUUGAUGUACGUAGGAAAAUUUUUCUACUAUUUUAUUAUUGUAUUACAUCUGGUGAUGACAGUUGCAAUUAUUGGAGUAUGUCAAAAUUUUGAUAGUAGUAAGGCAUCAGCAUCAGAUAUACUGUUUACAUCGGCUUCUUCGACUGAUCUUAUCACUAAAAUUACUUUCUCUGUGUUAUUACUUUCUGGAUAUGGUUAUGAAAUUGGAAUAACUAUUAAUGGAGAUAAGGUAUAUUCAACAUUUGGUUUUGCCUUAGUUAUAUUUAUGGCCUCAUUGGUAGUAACUACUAUUGUCGAUAUACUUAUGCUACAUUCUUUUAUAAAAACAGGAAAAGAAUAUGUGUGUAGUAGAGGGGAAACAUACAGAAUAGUUCGUGGAGGUGUUUCCGUUGAACCAAAAUAA